AACAAACAUGAAUUCCAGGUUCUAAUAGAAGGAAGGUAUCUGGGAGAUGGCGUCUCCUUGUUGAACCCAGCAUUCCCGUCCUCUGCUGACACACCCCUCUGCGGAGCCAUGUUAGGAACACCAUGAACUACAAACUCAGGGAUGCAGUGCGCUGUAAUCACCAGCAGGUGGCGGUGUUGGACUUAAAGAAGCACCACGUAGGCUUAGGACUGAGAUCUCUUACAGCUGUGCGAAAUCCAUCGCUGCAGACCCAGCAAAGCCACUUGUGAGCAUUUGGUGCCACCUGCCUGCUUUACAAUAAGAAUCCACAGAACUUGCAGACCCGUUCUAACUAGGACCCAAGCCGGAGAAAACAAAACGCCUCACUUACACCAUGGGAAACUUCAAAAGCAUUCCGACUAAUCAAAGCCCUAAAGCCGAGGCCCUAGCCCAGGUGUCUGUGCCUCACUGCAGAUGCCCUGUCCCAGUUGUCUGCAUCCCCAAAAUCCGGGGCAGAGGCCCUAUCCCAGGUGUCUGUGCCCCCAAACUCCAAGACAGAUACCCUGUGCCCAGUGUGUGUGCCCCAAGUGCCCCAAGAGCCAGGUGCAGAGUCCCUAUCCCAGGGGUCUGCACCCCCAAAGUCCAGUGCAGAGGCUCUAACUCAGGGAUCUGCAACCCGAAAGCCCAGCGCAUAGUCUUUAACUCAUGUGUCUGUGCUCCAGUCUGCGCCCCAAACUUGAGUGCAGGGGCCCUAUUCCAGCUGUCUGCACCCCCAAAGCCCAUACCAGAGGCCCAAACCAAGGUGUGUGAGCCCCCAGAGCCGAAUAAAGAGGCCCAAACCCAGGUGUGUGAGACCCCAAAGUCCAGGGAAGAGUCCCGAAGCAAGGUGUGUGCACCCCCAAAGUCAGAUACAAAUGCGCCAACCCAGCAGUCUGCGCCAACCCAGCAGUCUGCGCCAACCCAGCAGUCUGCGCCCCCAAAGCCAGAUAGAGAGGCCCUAACUGAGGAGUCUGCACCCCCAGGGCAGAAGCAAUAAUCUAGGUGCCUGGAGAGGGUCUUAGACUGCCGAGGGUGGAUGUUCAAGGUAGAGCUGAAUGCGGCUGUAUCACCCAUUAAUUGGCACUACAACAACCUGUGCGUGAUGUUCCGUUGUGGCAACCUGGGGAGGUGACUGGCACAAGUUACCAGCAAUGGGCACAGGCCAUGGAGACACUGUGUGGCAAAACGCACUUUAGUAGCUGAAAUAAAUUGCAUUUUAAAUAGCCU